AUGGGAGGGUUAGAACUGCAACGGAAGACUAAUGAGCUGGAGGACCUAUCUCGAGUGCCCAAGGAUUCCCCCCAGCAUAAGAAGGUUGUACUCGAGCCGAAGGAGAUUGAGCAAUACAGGGCGGACUCUCUCGGGCGCGUGAAGAUCAGGGAAUUCGCGCAUGAUAUGGAGAGACUACGCAACAAACUGAAGGAGUCGGAAAAUGACAAGUAUAAGGCUCGAGCCGAGUUGAGGGAAGCGAAAGAGUUGAAAUUGGCUGCUCUGAACAAAGCUAGGAAAAUGAAGUCCGAAAUGGCUAAGGUUCAUGAGAAGAAUGAAGAGCUCUUCAAAUGUUGUAAAGUACUCUACCAGCAGUUGGGCGAGCUGAACACGCCCUUCGCACUGGAAGCCGAUACUGAGAGAUCCACGAUACGGAGGGUCGCUCUAUCGCCUAACACUGAGAGGACGUAUACUAUCACAGAUGCUUGCCGUCCUGAGCCCACUGCAAGGAGUGUUGCGAGGGCUGGAAGGGGCUCUGAAGCUUCUACUAGUUGCCCGCCGACCUCAAGGGAAAUGCUAUUGGAAUCUCAGCUGAAACGAGUGACGCAGAAGUUAGAGGAGAUGAAGAGGACAGCACUUAUUGUGUUGCGAUCGAGGUCCUUAAUUGAAGAAUAUUUGCAUGAGGUGAUUGCGGACUGUCGAGCUCAAAAGGCAGCACCGGCAGGCUCGGCUUCCACUGCUGCACGCAUGCUCAAGGGGGAUAAGAAGACUAGUAGAGGUCGACGUCACGAAUUACAACGAAGUAUUGUUUCCAGUCCAGGAUCGCAUGAAGAAGAGGCUACUGAGCAUGGCACAGAGACCUUCCUCACAGGAGGUGUGGAGCAAGGGUAUAGUGAUGACGAAAAGAACGAGGAUGAAAGGCUCAAUGAGGUGGGUUGA